AUGGGGAUUCCUGGAUUUGACGAUGAAGAACGCCCUCUUACUGCCGCUGCAGCCAAGAGGGAGAUUGAAGCCAUCCGUGUAAAGCAUGGCAUUAUCAGCGACGACGAUGAAGCGGAAAUUCGACAGUGGGAGGAAAGGCCUCAAAAAAACUAUCGUACCAUGGCGGGUAGUCUCAGAGAAUCAAGUGCCGGGCAUGCGAAAACGUCAGUUCAAUCCUCAUACCUCGGAGUUCGAUAUACUAACGUCGGCAGCGUUUCCGAGCAACUCUACUCAUCCAAAUUCCGAUUCAUUCAUGAACUACUUCAGAACGUAGAUGACUCCGAGUAUGCGGAGCAUGUCAGGCCUUCUGUGACAUUUCGAAUCCAACCAAGACAGUUGAUCGUCGAGUCCACCGAAAAAGGCUUCACACUGGAGAACGUCAUUUCUAUCUGCAGUGUCGGCAAGAGUUCCAAGGCACGCGUCAUUGGCACUACUGGUGAGAAAGGGCUGGGUUUUAAAUCGGUCUUUGGUAUUGCUGACUAUGCCCACAUCAAAUCCGGCCAUUGGUCUUUCGGUUUUAAACACAGAAAAGGCGAAGAUGGUCUGGGGAUGGUUGCACCACUCUGGAUUGAUGACACAGCUCCGUUGUCCAAAGGAAUCGGGACAAGACUCACACUGCGGUACUCUGAUCACAGCACCAACUUUGCUGGGCGCCUCGUCUCCGAGUUUGAAAAGAUCCCCAAAACUAUUAUGUUCGCGUUGCGCCAGCUCAAGAAACUGGAGGUGUUCGUGGAUUGCGUCGAUGGUCGUUCAGAUCGGCUCAAACUUGAGAAGCCUAGGCAUCUAUACCCUUAUAAAAUGCGUAUCGAGACCACUGUUGAGGGCAACUUUGGCGCCCACACAUCGGGGACAACAGUGCUCAGACUGCUCACUACCAAGGUCAGGGAUCUGCCCUGUGACGAUCGUGAGAACAGACACCCCAAAAACAAAGUUACCGUGGCGUUCGAAGUUGGACAUACUGGUCGGCCUGUUAUCACGACCAGUGGACAGCAUGUAUUUGCAUGUCUUCCAGUGGAGUCCAUUCCGCAACUCCCUUUUCUCAUCAACGCGGACUUUGUCCUCACGGCUAGCCGAGAGCAAAUCCAAGUAUUAACCCGCGGCGACCCACUGGAGUUCAAAUGGAUGCGCUAUCUCCCUAAACCACCCAUGACAGGGUUUUGGGAACAUCUAUGGGAAGACGUCUGUCUCACUCUCGAGGACGAGAAGGUUUUGCGGUCAGCCCAGGGUAAAUUGCACACGAUUGCGCAUGUGAAGAGUUUACCCUCAUGGUUCAUGUUUGAGGAUGAGCCACUCGUGGCAGACACACGCGAUGAUAUCUAUUUGUCAAAGAAGUAUGAAUCUGCCGAUACAAGAAUUUUGAAGAAUCUCGGCCUCGAGCAAAUCUCGCAAACGCAAAUUUUGAGGAGAAUAAAGCUGGCCAUCCCGUUUCACGACAAACCACUGGAUGACCCAUGGCAUACAGCAUUCUCCGAACUUGUGGAGAAGUUGCUCGAAUGUUCAGAUACCGAGGAAAAAGUGAAGGAUCUACGAAUAAUUCCCUUGAAAGAUGGUCAGUGGGUGUCAUCAGCGUCCCGGUAUGAGAAUCCCGUGUACUACCCUUAUCUCAUCGACGAAGGCAACAUAAAGAUAGAGAUACCUGACGGCCUUGGACUCCAGAAAGUUCACGAGACGGCUGCUGGUGAUGGCGAGCGUAGAAAGCUCUACAAUCAUCUAGGGAUCUCGGAUUGCCCCCCUGAUGUUGUAACAAAGAAAAUACUACAUGCGCACGCGUCCUGGGAGAGGGUGAUUUGCGAGGGGGACGGAGUCGUGCACACCUUUCAGACGGAUCUCGAGAUCCUUUUUUGGUUCAAUGAAAUGCCAAACAAGAACAGCGCGAUACUCGUCAGCAAAAAUGAGAGGCUAUAUCGCGGGCACUUCUUGUUCUUUCCUUCGAAAGAUAAGUUCGACGCAGAGGAACUUCUUGCUAAGACUCAGCACCGAGAGUGGGGUGAUUACGGGAUACUUCACGAGGAGUACAUGAAAUCAAAGGUUUCUAGUCGCAUAAAGUCUGGGUUGACCUGGAUGUCUUACCUGGAAAACUGUGGGGUUAAACACUUCCCUGAUCUCACUCAAAAGGACUCCUCUGGAUGGAAGCUCCAUCCUUUGAUGACCCUGAUUGCGAGGGAUAACCCCGACAGCUUUGUCGCAAACCUCCACGCACAUUGGUCUCAAUACUGCGAAGAAGCAUCAAGAAUUACAAACGACUUGUUGGAUAUUCAAGUGCCGUGUUUAUACAACACUACGGAAGUGCUUCGCCGCACUAUUCUGCCCACUCAUGAGCUAAGGGGAAAGAGUCGAGAUUUGAACCUAGAAAGGCGCUUACCACUUCUGAAACUACCUACAGAAUUUGACCCUAAGCAACCUGAUGAUUGGUUCUUUUUGAAACAGUUUGGCGUUAUUUGUGGAAUUGAACUCGAAUUUUAUCUGAGAGCUCUGGAAUCUUUGGCUGAUUUAGCAGAGAUGAAUGUGAUACAGACUUGUGGCAGUAUCUACGGGGGCAUUGCACAAACAGCGUCCAUCAACGAAACGGAAUCUAUUCAGCAAAAAUUCGCCGAGCAGUCAUUGAUUCGUGCGACAUCAAUGAAGGAAGGAUGGUACAAGUCGAGUGAUUGUAUUUGGGAAGGCCCCGCCUUUCUGCAUACCAAGCAGCGAUUGGGUCCACUGUAUGGCGACGAUAAAUAUGCUAGCAAAUUCUUCACCAACAUUUUGAACAUGCGAGAUGUGAAUCAUGACGACCUAAUUGACGAACUCAAACUUCUCGCGACAGAAGCCAGAGACGGGCCACACUCAACGAAGGACAGAGCGGAAAAAAUCUAUACGGCUCUCGCGGGGAUAGCAAUCUCUGAGCCUAUAGUCGAGACAAUUCGGUACAAAUUCAGAGACCAUAGUUUGAUCUAUACUGAUCAGACGUGGCGGAAAUCUACAGAAUGCCUGUGGAACUGUACAGUCACCAUCCCCGGGCGUGUACCACUGGACGAGAUGUUCCCUCAGCUUCAGAACUUCUUCGUGGACAAAGUGGAGGUUUUGCCUCUAAAAAUCGAUAUGCUGAUCGAAGACCUUGUAAAGGCGGUGGAGGAACAGCGCACUGACUUCCAGAAGGUCAAGCAAAUUAUCCUUGCCAUAGGCCAAUUGCUGGCCUCAGAUGACGCGAUAGAUCUCAACGAAGAUCUCAACGAGGACCAAAAGAGGACCUUGAAUGAACUCGCGUGGCUGCCCGUCAGUGGUCCUGGCGGGUUGAAACUGGUUUCUCCAGAGUCUAAGGAGACUUUUGCCAUCAAUGACCAUCAACGAUACGGCGAGCUCUUCGAAAAUAGAGCCGAUAUCGUAGCCUUUGGCUAUGAGCAGAUCUCUGAGUUGCAUCGACUGUUCUGGACCCUGGAUCUAGAGGAUCGUUAUAUAUCAGGUCUUGUAUAUCACGGUAAGACGACGACUGAGGGUGACCCAAAGCUAGACCAAGCUCUUGGACAAUAUAUCAGAGACCGCGCAUACGCCCUGUCAUGCUGUGCCACGUACUACAAUAGCGGUGAGUACUAUAAUCGAAACACGUGGAUGCAUGAGGCAUUGUUGGCUGCAAAAGUAUUCGUUUGCGACAAGGUGUGGGCAAAUCUCUGUCUCCCCCUCCCGGAGGACGCGGAGGAUAUCAUUGUUCCGAGUGAUCAAGUUGUGGCGGAUGUCGGCCUCGUUGACGAAGGGCUGAAGAUCUGCAUGCCGAGCAGCAAGGACAAGAUUUAUUCCUACUUCCAAACAGAGCUCCCGGAGGCACUGUUUUCUCUUUUUAAACUCGAGAAGGAAUUGGCGGUGAAGGCGAUAUAUCGCAUCUUGAAUAACCAGCGGAGACCUCUGAAAGCUAUCAUGAGGGAGGAAGACAUACCAGAGUAUUCCUGGUUCAAGAAGUAUCCACCUCUGCUGCAGGAAACCCCAUUCGCCCUUCGGGACGAUGCAGAAUCUCGCAGCAGUAGCUCAACGCCCAUGUCACCAACGGUCGUCUCGUCUGCUGGUUCAUCAUUAGCUGACUCCGAUGGCGCCUGCGAUGACGAUGACGACGAGGAAGAGGAAGAGGAAGAAGAGGAAGAUGAGGUCGUCACUCGGGCCGAUCACAGAAGCACAGCGGAAAAUCUCGGUGUUGAGAAAAGCGUCCCUUUUCCAGCUCAAACACAGCUAAAUCUUCGCCAACGAGAGGAACCGUACAAAAAGCUACUGAGAGAAGUGAUACGCCAAGCAAAGCAAGGUCGACCACCUCAAAGGGCCGGGCAGCGAUCACUCGAAGAAAUCAACGAGGAUCUGGACACAAUGCAGGCGCUGGACGAAUCGGAGUACGAAGCGUUCCGUCGAGCUUUUGGCGGGACCGGAUACGGCAAUUUCGAAGAGAACACCCGCAUGGGCGCCGCGGGAGAACUAUAUGUAUUUGAACUUUUCAAAGCUUGGGGAGUAACAGAUUUCGGUAUCGACAACUGGCAAAGUUCCAUCCGCCACCACGUAAACGUUCUUCCAGAGUACGCCGCUGAGGCAGCCUGGCACGGGCGUGAACAGUCGGACAUCAUGUACGAAGGCAGUUGUGCGCAGCUGAGGCGUCUUCUCCGAAAAAAGACGAUAUUCCCUUGUCCCGGCUGGCUUUGUUCCGAGACGUCGUCGACUCCGGUGAACUAUCACAUCGAAGUCAAGACGACAUCGGGUUCGUGCAACACCCCGUUCUUCAUCAGCAACAAGCAGUAUGAGCUCAUGGAAACAAACGCAUAUCCACCCGGCUCGGUGACGCCCCCACGAGACUAG